CGACACAGACACACGAUGUUUGUUACAGUAAAUACCUGACAGCCGAUGAGACGGUCACACAGGAGUGAAAUGUCCAACAGGCGCAAAGAAAGAAACUGGAUCUUCUGUUUCCAGCGGAAAACAGUUAGAGGGCCGCUUAGAACCCGCCCCUCCCGCGGCUUCGAAAUGACGAACUGCGCAGGAAAAACGCAGGAUUUUACUGCGGUUAUUUUGCGGGUCAGUAACGCCUGAAAUGACCGAUCUCUGUUAUCAUCACGCAGCAUGGCGGAGCCGACUGUCCGUAUGUCAGGGAUUGUUUUAGCUUCCCUGAUGUUUCAGCAUGUAAACAGUGAUUCAGACGUGGAAGGUCUCAUCCUCGGAGAGAGUAAAUUUGAGGAGCAGAUCACCAUCAGUGACUCUCAGGCCGAUCACAUUCACAUUGAGGAAAUUUACAAUAUCCAGAAGCACAUAGCCUGCCACCAGCUGAACCGCUUUUACAACAGCGUCGGAGACGUGGACGUGGAGGCAGUGAAGAAAAUCCUGGCAGACAAGAAACAGGAGAGUGUGAUCGGUUGGUACAGACAGCGGAGGAACACGGAUCAGCAGAUGACGUUCAGAGAAAAGAUCGUCCAUGAGAACCUGAAGACUUCUCUGUCCAACCCUCACAUGAUCUUUGUGCUGCUGACGCCCAGCAAGCUAACAUCUCCAGGGUCAACUCACAGGAUGGAGUACGCCGCCUUCAUCUCACGCAGCAGGCAGUUCAUCAAUGUUCCUGUGCUGGUCAACAACCUGGGGUUACUGGAACAGCUGGCUUACUGGAAGGUGUCAGCCCCGUGUUCAGCGGUGGGCUACAACCUCACCAUGAAGAAACACGGGUCGAGAUUCUUCUGCUCCAACGGGCUGCUGAGGGAAGUCAACGAAGUCAACAGAAUGAACGACUCUCUGCAGUCGGAGCUGCAGAAAACGUGCAGAGACGUGGAGGAGAGCGAGCGACUGGUGGAGACGCUGCAGGCUGAUGUGUCGGCUCUCAGGAGGAGAGUCAGAGAGAAGAAGCAGAGUGGAGCGGGAAAAGAAACACUCGAUGAUCCACCUGAACAGAAGAACCUGCUGCUCCACGAGGCCGUCAGAGCUCUGUUCGCCUGCUCUCCUCUGUUCCACACUCAGACCUUAACUCUCGAGGCCUUUCCUGUUCCCGACGCGUGCUGCGGCUCCGAGCAGGACGAAGACGUCUCGGUAUCAACACUGAUGAGACCGGACUCAGCGAAGGACCGGGAAACUCCCCCCCUGCAGAAUCCCAGCAGAACAAACUGUCGGAAGAGGCUGAAAGAAAUGCCGGCGGGGGGCGAGAGGAAACGCAGGAAAAGCAGGUCCUGAUGUGAAACAGCUGUUGUGGAUAUAAAGUAAGUUAUGUUUGGAUCCAUGAAACUCAGACUCCGUCCUGUUGUUAAUCAGUCUGUGUUGGUUGGUCACAUUAUUUUCACGUCACCACGUGACCUGUGAUCGGUUUGUUUUUGACAUUUGUUAAAAAGUUGUUUAUUGAUAAAGACGUUUGAGGGUUUGAUGUUCACUGAAGGAAAUAAACUUUUAUUUAAACUCA